UUUUUUUUGGCUGGUUUUCUUUCAGUGGAUUUACACACUAAAGCAUCACAAACUAUAAAGAGUGAAGUGGACUUUUUGGUAGAGUUUAUUACAGAGCUCUGAGUCAAAGUAGCAGGUGAAGCCACACAUUUGUAGUAGGAAAAAGAGCUUGAGUAGAAAUUAUCCCACUGUCCAGCUUUAAAAAAAAUCAUAGAAACUUCACUUCUAUGAAGCAGGUCCAAGCUGUGCCCAGCAAGGCCUCAAGGCAAAGGAAUUCUGUCAAAGGCUGGGGUUUGCAGUCUGGAAUCACAACCUCUGCUCCAGAUGUGUCUUGAUCUCCACCUUGGGAUUUGGCUGAGGAAUUGUGUGGGCUGCUGGAUUGAUGGGGGGCACAGGGUUGUGCUCCAAGAGGGAAAAGAGAAAAUAAAAAAAAGGGGAGAAAAAGUAAGAGGAAAUGCUGGAAAGGAAAGAAGCAAAAGGAAAAGGGAUGGGGGGGGGGGAAGGAGAGAAAAGUGUAGGGAAAUGAGAAAAGGAGGACAAAAAGGGGAGAGAAAGAAGGAAGAGGAAAAAAGGGGGAAAGAAAAUAAAAAGGAAGAAAAGGCGCGGCACUCCAUGACCCCGCUGCCGGCGCCGCUUCCCGCGCUCCCCCUUCAGGCACCGCCGGGGGCGGGGCUGCGCCUGCGCGGGCGCGGUCACGUGAGGCGGCGGCGGGAGCGCCCGAACGGCCGGAGCGGGGCCGGGGGGGUGUCCUGCGCCGUGGCUGCCAUGGCCAUGCAGAUGCAGCUCGAGGGCAGCGCAGACACGUCAGCAGAGGAGGAGAGCUUUGGGCCACAGCUCAUAUCCAGGCUGGAGCAAUGUGGCAUAAAUGCCAAUGAUGUGAAGAAGCUGGAAGAAGCUGGAUUUCACACAGUGGAGGCCGUGGCUUAUGCACCAAAGAAGGAGCUGCUGAACAUUAAAGGCAUCAGCGAAGCCAAAGCCGACAAAAUCUUGGCUGAGGCAGCCAAACUGGUUCCCAUGGGCUUCACCACAGCCACAGAAUUCCACCAGCGGCGGUCGGAGAUCAUCCAGAUCACCACUGGCUCCAAAGAGCUGGAUAAGCUGCUUCAAGGAGGGAUAGAAACAGGGUCCAUAACAGAAUUAUUCGGGGAAUUCCGUACUGGAAAGACGCAGCUGUGUCACACCUUGGCCGUCACCUGUCAGCUCCCCAUAGACCGCGGGGGCGGCGAGGGGAAAGCCAUGUACAUCGACACAGAGGGGACCUUCCGUCCAGAGCGCCUCCUGGCCGUGGCUGAAAGGUAUGGCCUGUCUGGCAGUGAUGUCCUGGACAACGUGGCCUAUGCUCGGGGCUUUAACACCGACCACCAGACCCAGCUGCUGUACCAGGCCUCAGCCAUGAUGGCUGAGUCACGGUACGCGCUGCUGAUUGUGGACAGCGCCACGGCCCUGUACCGCACGGAUUACUCGGGAAGGGGGGAGCUCUCUGCCAGGCAGAUGCACCUGGCCAGGUUCCUGAGGAUGCUGCUGCGCCUGGCGGAUGAGUUUGGCGUGGCUGUCGUCAUCACGAACCAGGUGGUGGCGCAGGUAGAUGGAGCUGCCAUGUUUGCUGCAGAUCCCAAAAAGCCCAUUGGAGGCAAUAUCAUCGCUCAUGCUUCCACCACCAGGCUGUACCUGCGGAAAGGCCGAGGUGAGACCAGGAUCUGUAAAAUCUACGACUCUCCGUGUCUUCCCGAGGCUGAAGCCAUGUUUGCUAUCAAUGCUGACGGAGUGGGAGAUGCUAAAGACUGAAAACUCCUUUUCUUCCCCUGAAUCCCAAGACUCUGUGUCUGUAAGAGGCUCCUUUCCUGGUGACACCUUGGGACACUUCCCGAGGCAGCAGGCGGAGGAAGCUGUGGUGCGUCAGCCUGGGAACGUCGGGACACACCCAGCACAGCCAGAGCUGUUGGGAAGAGAUCUCCCCUGGGGCUGCAGGCACAGAUGAGCUCCGUGUGUUUCCUGGGCAGCGUUCCCAAGGGACCAUACCCAGCGUGUUUCCCUGCAUCCCACCGUGGACACGGGCCGGCAGAAUCUUGGUGGCCACAGUUGGGAACUUGGUGCAUUGGAAGCAAAGCUGAAGGGUUUGUUCACUAAGAGAAAGGUGAUUUAUAUUAUAGAUUCCACAUCAGGGAUUUGGGAUUGGUGAUGGUCCCAAUCAUAAUCUUUCUGUUCAUUUUCUUUUGGAUGCUGCAGCCUGCUGGGCUGGGGCAGCUGUUCCUUUACAUUUCUGUUUCAUUUUCUGUAUUUCAUUAAUUCUCUGUGGAAAUCUGCUUUUAAUAAAAAGCCCCUGAGGAUACUGAUGAAGUGCCAGGUUCCAGGGAUUCACAGGUGUGUGUUCAGACCAAGGAUUGUUCUGGCUGGCAGAAGCUGCACCAAUCCCCCAGGAAUCUCAGUCUGGGGUUGUCUUUUCUCCCAGUGUGGGGGUGCAAUGCAGCCCUGCCCUGUGGAUCUCCUAGAAGAGUUUUGGGGU